UAAUAAUCUUAUCUAUGAGCGAAACCAUUUGGACCGCACUAGUCUCUACCACACAUUUUGGUUUUAAAGUGAGAUAAUAUUUGUAUGGCAAUAUCUAUGAGUAAUAUUUCCACUAAUUCUUCCUGUUACACAAAAUGAAUUUACCUAUCACUUUAUUAUCUAUGACUCUAUAUAUGACUCCUUCUAGUCCCGCUUAAGCCCAUUGUGCAUAUCUUAUUUAUACCAAUUGACGUGUCCCCCCUAUAAUCUCUUUAUCUUGUUUUUUUUUUCUUUAUUUCUUCCUUUCAUUUACUUUCCUUUAUUUAACAUGUUUGGUCACGAAUUCAGAGAUAAGUACUUUACAUUACUUGAAGAUGGAGUUCUUUCUGUAAAUCAUGGGUCUUAUGGCCAUACACCAACUCCUGUUUUCGAUAAAUACGUUCAAUACAUCCGUAAUGAGUAUGCUUAUCCCGAUAGGUAUAUGCUUAGAGAGCAAUUGCCCGAGUACACAGAAGCACUUCAAUUGAUCAGUGACAAGUAUCUUCAUUGUGAUUACCAUAACGUUGCCCUUGUAGAAAAUGCAACCACAGGGGUGAACACGGUUUUGAGAUCACUCAAAUUUAAUAAAGGUGAUCGAAUUGUUAUGGCUUCCACUGUUUAUGGAAGUUGUUAUAAUACCGUAAGAUUCCUUGCUAAAAGAAUUGGUAUUGUCCCAGUUGUAGUUGAUUUGCCAUAUCCAUUAGAGGAUGAAGAAGUUGUCGCUAGAUUUGCCAAGGAAUUGCCCGGCUCAAAACUUGCACUCUUUGACGCAAUCACUCUGAUGCCAGGAGUAAGAGUACCUUUUGAAAAAUUAACAAAAUUGUGUAAGAAACAUGGAGUCAUCUCUCUUAUUGAUGGGGCCCAUUCAAUUGGCUUAAUUGAGUUGGAUUUGGGUACCCUUGCACCAGAUUUCUACGUUACAAAUCUUCAUAAAUGGCUCUAUGUUCCAAGAGGAUGUGCUGCAUUGUAUGUUAAUCCACAAUACCAUGGAGAAAUCCAAACAAUGCCAAUUAGUCAUUCUUAUAUUGACGAAGAUGUAGAGCCAAUUGUUGAUGAUUCUCUUAUUUCAAAGUUCCAUUUCAUUGGUACUGUCAAUUUUGCCAGCAUUGCAUCCAUUAAAGAUGCCAUUGAAUUUAGAGAAAAGACAUGCGGAGGAGAAGAUGCAAUUGCUCAAUAUUGUCAAGAUUUAAGUUUUAAAUCUGCAAAGUUGGCGAUUGCCAAAUGGCCAUUUGCUCAACUUUUAACCAAUAGACAUAACUCAGUGAUUCCUCCCUCUAUGGUUAAUCUUAUCAUCCCUUUCAAGGAUUUGGUCAGUCAUUAUCAAUUGGCCACUCUGUUAGAUUUCAAUAACAAGGAAGCUCUUGAUAAAGCCCAUGAUGCCAUAGAUAUCAUGCUCAUGGAUGAUUAUAAAUCAAGAGCUCCUUUCUUAUUCCACAACGGAGAAGUAUGGAUGAGAUUCUCGUGCCAAAUUUACAAUGAAUUGAGUGAUUAUGAUUACGUCACUAAUGCCUUUGGACAUUGUUUAAAGAAAUACUUUGGUGUUACUCCUACUCUGAAAUUAUAAUAGAUAGAUAGAAGAGAAAGAAAUAUAAGUAUAAUAAGAAG